AUGACAGGAAAGGAUGGUGGAAAGAAGAAGCCUUUGAAGGCCCCAAAGAAGGAUGCUAAGGAGUACGACGAGGAGGAUUUGGCCUUCCAGAAGAAGCAACAGGAGGAAGCAAAGGCUCUGAAGGAGCUGCAGGCAAAGGCCAAGGCUGGAGGUCCAAUGGUCGGUGGUGGAAUUAAGAAGUCUGGAAAGAAAUAG